UUUUUCGGUUAAUGCCGUUUUUAUUGUAUAGUUUUCGCUUUAAAUUUUUUUCCAAUCAAUCAUCAAAAAAAACUUAUCAAAACAACAUAAAUAUUCAUUGAUAAACAUGUAUACUUAAAUAACCAUUAGAUUAAAAACAAUGCGUUUCUUAUCAUUAUAUUCAUAUUCAUUGAAAAAAUCACCGAAAGAUCUUCGAUUAGCGAUUGUGGCUUGUCGUUUGUCGUUGAUAUUGGCAAUAAUUGCAUUAAUUUUGUUUCUAUUAACCGUAUUUACUUUUUUUACGAAUAAUAACCAUAAUUUAACUUUGUCACCAAUAUUAUCUGAUGAUCAAGACGAUACCAGUUCAUUGGAAUUAGUUAAUCAAUCCGAAAAUCAAACGAAUAUAAUCACUCCUUCUUUACAUCUAAAUACUGCCGAUUUUUCCGCAUUCACUUUCCUAUUGAUCGGAUUUAUAUUGUUCAUUUGUGUAACAAUCAGCAGUUCAUAUGCCUAUUUUUUAUAUCGAAAUUAUCGUCAAUCACGUUUGGUAAACUAUGAAAUGAUAAAUCGUUCAUUUGAUCAGAUGUAUUCGGAACAAAUUGCCAGAUUAAAGAUCAAAGACCCUAUUAUUGCAUCUUCGAAUUCAGGUACAAAUCCUGAAAGUUUAACCGAAGCCAUUACUGUGAUCAAAGUCGUGGAAAGCCAGAAACCAAAUAUUAGCACUGCGAUGUCGAUUAAAGCCAAAAAUAAUCCCCAAAAUAGAACCAAAUUUAAAUUCUGGUCGCGUAACAAACACCAACAAGAACUAAAUAGUCAACAAAGAUUCAACUAUAGAAAAGUUCCUAUCUCCAAAGAGAUGACCAUUUGAUUGUUAUUCUUGCUAAUUAUAAAACAUUUUUUUCCUCUUUUCAUAUAUUAUGAUUCUUUGUUAAAUGUUAUUUACAU